UUCCCUGAGGAAGGGUUCAAAGGUCGCACCGUUCUCUUUAGUCUCUCUGCGGGAGAGACCUGAGCUGUGGGUGCCUUCAGCCACGGGGUGUCGGCGGUGCUGCAGUCUCGACUGUGGGAGCUUGCAGAUGUCUCAGCAUGGUUGAGCUAGAACAGGCAGAGGCCCAGCUCUCCGAGUUAGACCUCCUGGCCAGUAUGUUCCCAGGUGAGAAUGAGCUCACAGUGAACGACCAGCUGGCGUUAGCAGAGCUGAAAGACUGUGUCGAGAAGAGGACAAUGGGGGACAGAUCAUCACAAGUAUACUUUACAAUCAAUAUGCACCUGGACUUGUCUGAGGAAGCAAGGGUGAUGUUUUCUCUGUCUUGCUUUCUUCCCUUUAAAUACCCUACAGUUUUGCCCGAAAUCACUGUCAGAUCAGUAUCACUGAGUAGAUCCCAGCAGACUCAGCUGAACACAGACCUGAUGGCAUACCUGCAGAAAAACUGUCUCGGAGAGGUCUGUGUACUGAAUGCCACAGACUGGGUUAGAGAGCAUGCCUCUGACUAUGUCAACAGAGAUGCCUCUCCCUCCCCUGCCAAGGAAAGCCCAGCCCAGCCUAUGGAUCUCACUCUCACGAGGCUCUGGAUCUACAGCCAUCACAUCUACAACAAAUGCAAAAGAAAAAACAUCCUAGAGUGGGCAAAGGAACUGGCCCUGUCUGGCUUCAGCAUGCCUGGGAAACCCGGUGUGGUGUGUGUAGAAGGCCCACAGAGUGCUUGCGAAGAAUUCUGGUCAAGACUCAGAAAACUGAACUGGAAGAGAAUUUUAAUUCGCCACCGAGAAGACAUGCCAUUUGAUGGUACGAAGGAUGGAAUGGCAAAACAACGGAGAUUUUCCACUUUUGAAGAAAAGGCCUUCAGUGUCCACGGAGCCAGAGGAAACCACAUGGACUUUGGUCAGCUGUAUCAGUUCCUAAAUGCCAGGGGUUGUGGGGAUGUUUUCCAGAUGUUCUUUGGAGUGGAAGGACAGUGACUCAGUGGGUGGAGGGUGGGGGUCACUGUCCCUCCUUUGGUUGUUUCUUCCCGUUCUUUCUUGAAUUUUAAUGUUCCAUUCCACAAUGUUAUAGGCAUGGGAGCAUAAGACAAACUGUAAUAUAGUUGCAAUGCAUCGGUUAAAAUAUGCUGUGACUGAAAGAAGAACUGAGUUUCAAAUUAUAAAAUUUCCAUUUCUAACAGAGAAGGCUGGAGAAAUGGCCCAGAGGUUAAGAGCACAUACUGUUAUGGCUGAGAACCUAAGUUCAGUUCCCAGCACCCACGGCAGGCAGCUCAUAAUCACUUAGAACUCAUAACAUCAGCUUGUCUGAUGGCCUCUGUCCUCCUCAAUGGUGCACGCAUAAACACGCACAUAUACAUACACUCAGGGCAUCGGAUCCCCGGAGCUGGAAUUACAGGAGGUUGUGAAUUGCCCAUCGUGGGUACUGAGGACCAAACUUGGGUCCUCUACAAGAGCAAUGCAUACUUUUAACCACUGAGCCAUCUAUCCAACCUGGUAGAAACCUUUUGAUGUGAGCUGGACAUGAUUGCACGCGGUUGUAAUCCCAGCGCUUGGAAAAUAGAGGAAAGAGGAUCAGGAGUUCAAAGCCAGCUUGGGCUACUUAAGUUCUGUCUUAAAACAAAACAUAACAAAACAAAAACAAAGUUAUUCACAGGAACUUUUGCACAAUAAAUUAUCUGUGAAAGUAAUUUUGGUGGUUCAGCUUGCAUUUCCAGGAUGCUUCUGCCUUUACUGAGGAACCUGAGAACGCUGUCUGCUCCCGGGCUCUGUUGCAACUGUAUCUGGCUGUAGGUUAUAGUGGCAGGAUUCUGGGGAUGAAUUUGCAUCUCUUUCUGCCAUGAAGUGAUGGCAGGAGAAGGGAAGGAUGUCUGAGACAACUGCAGAAAUGCCCGUCCUUCUUGUCCUGUGUGGACCCAACACUAAUCCUUGGUGAUU